AUGUCUUGGAAUUGCCGAGGGCUUGGCAACCCAACGGCAAUUCGAGUCUUAGCGGACCUGGUCCGCAUGAAGAGGCCGAAAGUUGUGUUUUUUAUGGAGACUUUUGUGGAUAGGAGCAGGAUGGAAAGUGUGAGGGUGCAGUUGGGGUUCGACAGUGUGUUUGUUGUUGAUGCUGUUGGACAUAGCGGCGGUUUGGCAAUGCUAUGGUUGAAUUCUGUGUGUUUACAGGUUACUGCUUAUGAUAGUAACUUUAUUGAUGCAAGGGUGGAGCUUGAGGCGGGAAGCCCGGGGUGGCGGUUCACGGGGUAUUAUGGGUUCUCUGAGAGAGCACGAAGGAGAGAGGCCUGGCAGUUGUUACGAAAUUUAGCGGGGCAGAGCACAGAACCAUGGGUUAUAAUGGGUGAAUUAAACGACCUGUUACAUCAAAAUGAGAAGAAGAGCCGAGCACCCCACCCACCCUGGUGUAUAACGGGGUUUGGGGAUGCAGUUGUGGAUUGUGGGCUUCAAGAUUUGCCAUUCUCUGAGUAUCAGUAUACAUGGGUCCGCUCAUGGGGUAGGAGUUAUAUGGUGGAGGAGAAGCUGGACCGGAUUCUUGUGACUGAAGAUUGGAGGACUUUGUUUGCGGAGGCUACGACGUGUUCUUUACCUUGUGUUUAUAGUGAUCACAUGCCGUUGUUGCUAACUCCAGUAGCUGCGGUGAAUGCUGUGCGCCGGAAGCGGUUUCUCUUUGAUAAUAUGUGGUUGAGGGAGGACGGGUGCCGUGAAAUUGUUGCACACAGCUGGGAUCGAACUAGACAGGAUGUUCUACGCAGAAUAGAGUCAUGUGGCCGUGACAUCUGGAAAUGGGGGAAGACUUAUAACAGGGAUUUCUAG